AUGCUAUGUGUAACGGUUGAUAACUAUCUACGAUAUUUCUCUUCUAGUUGGUGCAAUGUGAAGAUCAUAUCUCUUGUUCCACGGGAUGGUCUGAAACCGGAUUGUGUUUCUUGUCGCACUUUCCGUCCUCUGUUAAAACACUAUCUAUCUAUCUAUCUAUCUAUCUAUCUAUCUAUCUAUCUAUCUAUGUUUCUUCAUCGUCAUUAUCUAUCUAUCUAUCUAUCUGACGUCAUAUCUAUCUAUCUAUCUAUCUAUCUAUCUAUCUAUCUAUCUAUCUAUCUAUCUAUCUAUCUAUGUCUCUUCAUCGUCAUAUCUAUCUAUCUAUCUAUCUAUCUAUCUAUCUAUCUAUCUGACGUCAUAUCUAUCUAUCUAUCUAUCUAUCUAUCUAUCUAUCUAUCUAUCUACUAUUCUUUGUCAGUCAGUCAAUCUAUCUAUCUAUCUAUCUAUCUAUCUAUCUAUCUAUCUAUCUAUCUAUCUAUCACAGUUUGUAUCUAUCUAUUUAUCUGUCUUUCUCAGUCUGUUCAUAUCUAUCUAUCUAUCUAUCUAUCUAUCUAUCUAUCUAUCUUAGUCUAUUCAUAUUAUCUAUCUAGUUUGUUCAUAUUUAUUCUGUUCAUAUCUAUCUAUUUAUCUAUCUAUCUAUCUAUCUAUCUAACUGGAGAGUGUUCCGGUAGGGAUGCGAUCCGAGUACGUGUUGGCCUGCAGGACGACUCUCUCCGCGCGAUUCAGAGCUCCUCGUGCGCGCAGCCGUGGGUAGGGAAGCGACCCGAUUACGUGUUGGCCCGCAGGACGUCUCUCUCUGCGGAUGCGACCCGAUUACGUGUUAGCCCGCAGGACGUCUCUGUCUGCGUGAUUCAACGCUCCUCGUACGCGCAGUCGUGGGCAGGGAUGCAACCCGAGUACGUGUUGGCCUGCAGGAUGACUCCCUCCGCGCGAUUCAACGCUCCUCGUACGCGCAGUGGUGGUCGUCGCCGCGACCAUCGUACGCGUAGCCGUGGUAAGCGGGCAAAAUGA